UCUAUUUAGUGUAUACGGAAAUAUAACCAAAAACAUUUAUAUUGACACGUGUAGUUUUGUAAUUGUUAAAAAUGUCGGAGAAAAAAGUGAUAAAAAUUGGUACUCAUGAUGGUGUAUUCCAUUGUGAUGAAGCUCUUGCUAUUUUUUUAUUAAAACUUUUACCUAGAUAUAAAGAUGCAGUUGUCAUAAGAUCACGCGAUCUUAAUAUUUUGGAUACUUGUGAUAUUGUUGUAGACGUUGGUACAAAAUAUGAUCAUUCCAUUUGUCGAUAUGAUCAUCAUAUGAGAGAUUUUAAUGAAUCAUUAAGUACUAUUAUAAAAGAACCUGGAUGCGAAUGUAAAAUAAAGUUAAGCAGUGCAGGAUUAAUUUAUUGUCAUUAUGGUCAUGAAAUAAUACAGCAAUUGGCUCCUGCAAAUACGAAUUCUAAUACUAUUAAGGCUAUAUUUAAAAACGUGUAUUUUAAGUUAAUUCAAGAAAUUGAUGCUAUAGAUAAUGGAGUACCAAUGACUCAAGAUGAACCUACUUAUACCAUAUCAACUGGAAUAAGUUCAAGAGUAAAUAGAUUAAACCCCCCUUGGAAUGAUAAAACAACAGAUGUCGAUGAACAAUUUCAGAAAGCUAUUGAGUUAGUUGGAGAAGAAUUUAUGUACGCGGUAAACGUAUGCAUAAAUAUAUGGUUGCCAGCAAGAGCUAUCAUAGAGAAAGCUUUAGCAAAUCGUUUUAAGGUCCAUAAUAGUGGGGAGAUCAUAAUACUGGAAAAAAAUGCACCAUGGCAGUACCAUUUAGCACAAUUAGAAAAAGAGAUCAAUAUAAAACCUCUUAUAAAAUAUAUUAUUUUUAAGGAUUCAAGUAGUGAAUUCAAAGUUAGAGCGGUUUCUGUAAAACCAUCAAGUUUUGUAUGCAGGCUUUAUUUACCAGAAAAAUGGGGUGGUUUAAGAACAACGGAACUUGAUAAAGUCAGUGGAAUUAAGGGUUGUGUUUUUGUUCACACGAAUCGUUUCAUUGGAGGCCAUACAACUCAGGCAGGUGCAUUAAAUAUGGCAAUUAAAGCUUUAAAGAUGGGGAAAGAAAAAACAAAGAAGUAGGUGCCAUUUUGAAAAUAACAGUAUCAAUUCUCACUCUUCGGAAAAGGAUUAAGGAGAAGUGUAACAAAGCCGUUUCAGAUGAUAAUUUUUUUUUAGUAAUUUGAAGAUUUUUUUAUUCAUAGGAAUAACAUUUUGUCUCCUGAAAAAUUGAUGCUACAGAUUGAGAGAAUUUUUGUUUACUUCUCCGACAUUUUCAGACAUUACAAUUUAGAUAAGAAAUACAUUUUUUAUUCAUACACGAAAAAUAGUAAUAUUGUGAUAUGGACGUGUAAUAACAGAAUUGAAGCAUAUUUUUAUACAGUAUAAUUACAUGACAUGAAUUAUUUAACGUGGUUGGUAUUUGUCAACCAAAUUUUUAAAUAUAACAUUGGAAGAUGCUUCAAUGAAAUGUAAGUUAUUAGAAUCAGGAUAAUUUUAUUUAGCCCUUAAAAUGAAAAUGAUUAUUCUCGCUUUUAUGCAUAGUUUGUAUUAAAUUCAAUUUUGAUGGGCGAUGCCCGUCGCAAAUUUAAUUAUUUAUAAACUUUAUAAAUUUUUUUUAACUUGUAAAAAAAAUAUAAUGCGUGUACUCUUAAGUACGCAUUCUCACGUGCUCUUAAUUAAGAUAUACUUCCUUGUUGUGAUUGAAAAUCUUACAACAAGAGGAGCGAAGGAAAAUUAUAAGUACGAUUGAUAAAUUUUAAUUAAAAAUUAAUUAAAUAAAAAUAUAUUAAUAACAUGAAUCAUUUAUCAUUAAAUAUAUAAUUCGUUCAGGAGGCAAUAAAAACUGUGCAGUAUAUUCCGAUAGGAAAACUCUAGGAAAAAGACGACAAACACACACGUACUGUGAUACUUGUAUUCGAAAGCCAGGAUUUAAUAUCAGUGAUUGUUUCGCAAAAUACCAUUCUUCAGAACAUUAUACAGAGAUUAAAAAUUGUAUAUUUCUACGUAUUAUAAGUAGUAUUAAAUACAACAAAUCAAUUUUAACAUAAAUUCUGUGUAUUUUAAUAUUCAGAUAUUGACUUUAAAUCCUGUACGAUAAAGUAAUUGCGAAACGAUAGAUUUGUUCCGAUCUGUUCGUACUCCCAAAAACGAAAUCUAUCAAUCAUAAAAUGUUACAUUCAAAUUCUUUUAGAUCAGUUUUAUAUAUUUUUUACGUUUAUUUUAUUUAGUAGAUGUUAUUGAUACUAGAUACUAUUGUUAAAAUUAAUACAAAAAUUAAUGAAGUGUUGACAAAAAUAUGAAUACAAUCGUCAAGAUUUUGUAUAAUUACGUGUUACAUGAAGUCAAAAUAAAUUUAGACUA